CAAUGAAUGAAUAUGUUGCUAACCCCUCCCCUUCAGGAUCCCGGUACACUAACAUCCUUCAUUCCUCUGACGACUACGGACCUCCCGGAUCCGAUCUCAACCCAGCCGCGAAAAGGGGUUAAUGACCAACAAUCCGACCUUCCUUUUGAUUUCAUCACUUCCACGCUAUCAACACCGUCGGCCACCAAGGCCACUGCCCUAGCAGACUCGGCUCAAACUUCGGCGGCAGCAGCAGCAAAUAAUAGUGGAGGCAAUAGUAAUAAUAACACCAAAGCCGGGGCCAGCGACGGAGGUAGCAAUGAUCGCCUUGAUCGGACAACGGAGCAUGUUCUCAUAUCUGCCGCGUCCAUUGGCACUUUCAUCUUGACUUGUUUCGUCGUCUGGUUUGUCUGGCACAUGAUGAAAAAGUCUAAGGCCAAGAAGGAGGGCAAGAGCAGCGGCAGUGGCAGCAGUGGCAGCAGAAGCAGUGGCCCUAGUAAACGCCGUUGGCCGGGCCUAACCUUUCCAAGUCGCCUUACUGCCAAACUCCCCUUCCUCAGGAAUCGAGGGGAGUGGCAGGAUCUGGAUGGUUCUCAAGUUGCCGACAUUCCACCCCCAGAUUUCAAAGGGGCCGGCAUGGCGAGUGGCCAGCGGGCGAACGAAUACUACGGCCAGGAGAAGGCGUACCGGCAGCCAUCGAUGGACCAGGCACUACGGCUUCCCAGCAUGCACCUAAAUGGGCCAACCAUUCUGGAUACCCAGUUCGUCAACAGCGUCCCUAUGGCUGACUCGAACAGCCCAUCGCAAUCCCACCAAGCUGCCCCAUCUUUCAGCUCUACCGACGCGGCCCAAUUCGGUGGUGGGCCACUAUUGGUGAGGGACCCGAAUGGGACAGUGCGGUCCUAUAUGCCCGUUGUCGUCUACGACCAGCCCGAGCUCUCACGGCAGCCAUCCGAGGCAUUCGAUCCGGCACGACGGCAGACGAACCGCGCUUCUGAACUCUCGUCCUUGUCGUCCGGAUUUGGCGACGGCGACAUGAUUGUCCCAGCCCAGAUGAUCAAACCUCCGCCACCAGCCAGUACGAACCUGCGUCAAUCGACCAACCUAGUCGGCCGGCUGUCGUGGGCAUCCCAGAGCCGGCGAGACACGGUGUAUACGCAGUCAAGCGAGGACCAACCACCGCGAUUCCGGACUGUCGACUCAUGGGUGAACCAACAAACCGGCCGCAUCAAGCGGGUUCAGCAGAGAGAGCGGGACCAGCAGGAUGCCCCUCCGGUGCCCACGCUUCCUGGCCAGCCAGGCGUCCCGGGCAUUCAUAACCCGCCAGCGGAAGUGUCCUUCAAUAUGAUGAUGCCGGAUGACGAGGUGCCGAGGCGGGUAGAGGACACGAUGGCGAUGAGGUCAUAAUAUUCCACGCUCAUACAUCGCAGUGGGCGAGGGCCGCCUCGAGCUACGUUCCAUUUGGCCGUGCCCUCCCUCUCCCUCCCCGCUCCCGUUCCGCUCCCGUUCUAGGUGCGGUCCAGGGGUAGGGGGUAGGGGGCGUGGGGGGAUACGGAGACAAUCCCGUACUCUUUUUCUUGAAAUUUUCCAUAUCUGUACAUACAUCUCUCUAACUGUCUAUACCCCUUGAACUUGCUAUCCCCUCCAAGCCUGGCGCUUGGGACGGUAACUCGGGAGACGUUUCAUGAUCUUCCGUUUUCUGGUCUCGUUUCACCGGACCCUCAUAAACUUUGGUGGUUCCCUUAACUGGGUCUAUCGCAACCUAGAUAGAGUAGUUGUUGGCAAAACAAACGCGACAAUAAAAAAACAAA